AUGGCCAGUGCCGCGGUCAACACGUCUCUGCCCAACAUGCAGCUGGCCUAUUCAGAUGCACUGCCAUACUACGACACGGAUAUGGACCACGUUCCUGGUCUGCGUGAUGCGGUGGAGCGUGAAAUCGCUCGCGAGAAGCAGUCUAUGAAAUAUGAUCCUCUCACUCUUCUCCCACCAGCCAUGCCUCUUUUUCAGCAGCAUCCUCAUCUGGCCGCAGAGAUAGAGAGGAAAGAGCGGGGCGAAGACUUGAACGUGCUUGAUACAUCACGAUACCAGCUUCAACCGCCUGCGCAAGGGCUCGAGGCAUCGACCGAAGAGUGGUCUCAAGCGCUCCAGAAUGCCGAGACCCAGCUAGCGCAUAUGGAUAAUCGUUUGAAGAACAUUGAACUACUUCGACGUUAUGGUGCCAAUAUAUGGCGUUUGCACAACUAUAAUCAAGAGGCUAUGCUCCAUAUGGUCACAGACGCACAGCAAACCGUGGAGGAAGAUACCAACGAGCUCAACCGUGAGCGCCAGUCAAUGCAUCUGCGGCUGGGUGACAAGCUUUCUACGUUGGAUGUACGAUGGCGUGACCUUGUCUCACAAAACCUCUCUAUUAAGGUGGCCAAUUUGACGGCACGCGCUGAGAUAGAGGAGUACCGACGUCGCACGGAAGAGGUACGCCACGAACUGGCGUUGUUAGAUCAGGCGGAAUCAUAG